AUGAAUACCACUACUGUCAUUGUUACCAAAUGUCCUGACGGUGAUGCAGCUAACCGAUGUUCUACAAUGUAUACUAUCACUGAGUCUAGUGCAUCUGCUACUGAAGACUCUUAUGGUGGAACAUACUGGUAA